AUGGCCGACCGCUACAGCUUCUCCCUCACAACUUUCUCCCCCAGUGGAAAGCUGGUACAAAUUGAAUAUGCGCUCAAUGCCGUCAACCAAGGUGUGACAUCGCUCGGUAUCAAGGCGGCCAAUGGAAUCGUCCUCGCCACAGAGAAGAAAUCAUCCACACCGCUCAUCGAUGCCUCAUCCUCGUCCAAGGUCUCGCUCAUCACGCCCAACAUCGGCAUGGUCUACUCUGGCAUGGGUCCCGACUACCGCGUGCUGGUCGACAAGGCACGCAAAGUCAGCCACACGGGAUACAAGCGGAUAUACAACGAGUACCCACCGACACGGAUAUUGGUGCAGGAUGUGGCGCGCGUGAUGCAGGAGGCGACGCAGAGCGGUGGCGUGCGGCCGUACGGUGUGAGCCUGCUGAUUGCGGGCUGGGAUGAUGGCAUUGAGCCUGAGCAAGAGGAGCAGAAGGCUGCCGAUGGCAUGGCAGUCGACGCUGACGCGCCAAAGAAGCCGACGGGCAAGACGGGAGGCAUCCUCAAGGGUGGGCCCAGCUUAUAUCAGGUCGAUCCCAGCGGCAGCUAUUUCCCGUGGAAGGCGACGGCUAUUGGUAAGAGCGCUACAAGCGCAAAGACGUUCUUGGAGAAGCGGUACACGGAGGGAUUGGAGUUGGAAGACGCAGUGCACAUUGCGCUGCUGACACUAAAGGAGACGAUCGAGGGUGAAAUGAACGGCGACACUGUGGAGAUUGGCAUCGUCGGCCCACCCGCAGAUCAUCUGCUCGGAUACGAGGGCGUCGAGGGCGCUUCCGGCCCACGGUUCAGAAAGCUCAGUCCUGCGGAGAUCGAGGACUACUUGACCAACUUGUAG